UGCCAGAAAGACCCAAAACAAGUGGCUGCGGCCGUCGCCCAGGAGUCCGCCCGCCGGCAGAAGGGGCGCCGCUCCGGCGGGGGCUGAGGCCCGAGAGCCCGCACCGCUGACCGCUGCACCUUUCCCCGCCCGGUGGCUCGCAGGUCCUGGUUCCGAGCUUGUUCCGGGCCCCCAACCCCUGCCUGCCCCAGGCUAUGGCGCUGUCCGGACCGACCCCGGCCCCGAGCUGGGAGGAGGAUGAGUGCUUGGACUACUACGGGAUGCUGUCUCUGCACCGCAUGUUCGAGGUGGUGGGUGGGCAGCUGACCGAGUGUGAACUGGAGCUGCUGGCCUUCCUGCUGGAUGAGGCUCCCGGUGCCGCCGGCGGCCUGGCCCGCGCCCGCAGCGGCCUGGAGCUGCUGCUGGAGCUGGAGCGCCGAGGGCAAUGCGACGAGAGCAACCUGCGGCUGCUGGGGCAGCUCUUACGCGUGCUGGCUCGCCACGACCUGCUGCCGCACCUGGCACGCAAGAGGCGCCGGCCAGUUUCUCCAGAACGCUAUAGCUACAGCACCUCCAGCUCGUCUUCAAAGAGGACCGAGGGCCGCUGCCGGAGUCAGCACCAGUCAAGCAAUCCAGCGGAUGCUCAGCAGGGCCAGUGGGAGACAGGCUCUCCGCCAACCAAGCGGCAGCGGCGGAGUCGGGGCCGGCCCAGUGGUGGUGCAAGACGACGGCGACGAGGGAGCCCAGCUGUCCCCCAGCAACAGCAGGAAAUGACCAGGCCCACCUCCGAAGGCAAAGUGACCUGUGACAUCCGGCUCCGGGUGCGGGCAGAGUACUGUGAGCACGGGCCUGCCUUGGAGCAGGGUGUGGCUUCCCGGCGGCCCCAGGCGCUGGCCCGGCAGCUAGACGUGUUUGGGCAGGCCACCGCGGUGCUGCGCUCCAGGGACCUCGGCUCUGUGGUGUGCGACAUCAAGUUCUCGGAGCUCUCCUACUUGGACGCCUUCUGGGGUGACUACCUGAGUGGUGCCCUGCUGCAGGCCCUGCGGGGUGUGUUCCUGACUGAGGCCCUGCGGGAGGCUGUGGGCCGGGAGGCUGUCCGCCUGCUGGUCAGUGUGGACGAAGCUGACUACGAGGCCGGCCGGCGCCGUCUUCUGCUGAUGGAGGAGGGGGGCCGGCGCCCCAGUGAGGCCUCCUGAUCCUGGUGCAGCCGGACUGACCCCACCUCCUAGCCUUGGGGCCGCGUUCUCCCCUGGAGGAGGAAGAUCAUCUCUGCCCAUGGAGGACUGUCACUCCAGCAGUGCUGAGGACUGCGCCGGACAGCCAGGACCCUCUGCUGCCCCUCCCACAGGAUGUGGGCACCGAGGCCCAAACCACUUCCAUCUGCGUUUUUGCCCUCCCUACCCCAGGUGUGUUCCCUCAGCUUUAGGGAGGCCAGGGGUUCAAACUUGCAGACUCCCAGGGAAGAGCCUCCCCAUCUCACUCACCAAAGCCCCCACUCCUCCCUGACCCCCCCCCCAGUGUGCACACACACUGUCCCCCAAAACCCGAUUGCCUGCCUGGCCUACCCCACACACUUCUUUGGCCUAAGGGCUUUUUCUCAGGAUCUGAUUUUACUGCCCCUCUCCUGGGCUUCAGCCAUACCCAGAGACACUGGAGCUGGGGUGGUCACACACCUGCCCACACAUCCAUCCAGUAUCCAACCCUGACCUGGCUCUCCAUUAUCGAGCUUCCCAGAGCUGGUUGUAGGCCUCACCGAGCCUGUACCCAGAUACCUGAAAUCGCUGCAGUGUCAGACCAAGGCUUGCUGUGCCAAGGGCCAGGACUUGACAGCUUUCUCAGAAAGGGGAGGCAAAGGCCUGUGGGGCUUGUGGAAAAGGAGUUUUACAAACAUCAAUAAAACUGCUCUGUAAAGGGCAUUGGUGGAAAUCAA